UUUCGACUGUAUCAAACCGAACACAGCGUCACUCGGAGGUCGUCUGUCAGGGACUCAGGAACAUAUUCGUGAUCCGCCACUUUUUCUUCUCUUUACUGUUGCACUCUCUCUCUCUCUCUCUCUAGAUCUCUAGAGUCGUCAAAUUUGUCUAUCAGGCCCUUCUCUUAUUCCAUGUCCCGAACUUCCCCCCAAAUCCAAUUCAAUUUCACCCGCCUCCUGAACACCUGCAGCUCCCUCUCCUCCCUCAAACGCGUCCACUCCCUCCUCAUCACUCACGGUCUCCACCAUCACCUCCCUUUCUCCGCCAAACUCCUCUCCCUCUCCUCCGCCUUCUCCCCCUCCAUCCUCUACGCCCGCAAGCUCUUCGACGAAAUCCCCCACCCAGACCCCUUCCUCUUCAACACCCUUUUCCGCGCCUACUCCGACCUUGGCCCCCUCCGCCAAGUCUUCCCUCUCUACUCCCGUAUGCACCGCCUCGGUCUCAAACCCGACAGCUUCACUUUCCCCUUCAUCCUCCGAUCCUCCGCCGUCCUCUCCCAAGUUCGCGAAGGAAGGCAAGCACAUUGCAAUGUGAUUAAGAAUGGGCUUGAUGGUUAUGUGUUUGUGAAUAGCUCGCUGAUUUUCUUGUAUUCUACUUGUGGCUACAUUUUCGACAUGGAGUUGGUUUGUGGAGGUGUUGAAGUUAAGAAUGUGGUUGUUUGGACCGCGAUGGUUGCUGGGUACGUGCAGAAUUCUAUGUUUGAUAAGGGGUUGAACGUAUUUAGAUUAAUGAAUGCGGAGAAUGUGAGGCCCAAUGAGGUUACGACUGUUAGUGUUCUUCCUGCGUGUAAUGGAGAUAUAUGGUUGGACUCAGGGAGAUCAGUUCAUGGGUUUGCGAUUAAAGAAGGAUUUAAUUUGUAUACUACUGUUGUGAAUGCUUUGGUGGCGAUGUAUGGAAAGUGUGGGGAUUUGCAAGUCGCUCGUUACUUGUUUGAUGAAAUGAUUCACAGAACUUUGGUUUCAUGGAACACUAUGAUUGCGGUUUAUGAGCAAGGAAAUGAAGGAACAAAGGCGAUUGAGCUCUUUCGGAGUAUGAUCAAGAGUGUUAAAUUUAAUGCUGUGACAUUAGUAAGUGUGAUAUCGGCUUGUGCUACUUUGGGUGCUCAAGAUAUUGGAAAAUGGGUACAUGAUCUAGCUACAAGUCGAGGCUUAGAGACCGAUAUAAGAAUCACUAAUGCCCUCAUUGACAUGUACUCAAAAUGUGGAAACUUAGACUUAGCACAGAAAAUCUUCAACUCCAUUAAAUUAAAAGGGGUAGUAUCCUGGAGUGCAAUGAUAAAUGCAUACACAAUACAUGGACGUGCUAAUGAAGCACUUGAGCUAUUCAAUCGAAUGAAAGCUGAAGGAGUAAAACCAAAUAGUUUUACAUACACAUCGAUACUGUCCGCUUGUAGCCAUUCAGGGUUAGUAGAAGAAGGAAUGAACCAUUUCAAGAGCAUGAGAGAAGAGUACGGGAUAAAUCCAAAGGUAGAACAUUGUGCAUGUGUUGUAGAUCUAUUAGGGAGAGCAGGGAGGUUGAAGGAGGCUUAUGAUUUUGUGCGUGGGAUGGAAAUGAAGCCCGAUACAGCGGUUUGGGGAGCUUUGCUUGGUGCUUGUAGGAUCCAUGGAGAUGUUGAGAUGGCUGAGUUAGUUUUUGCAGAAGAGAUUGCUAAUGAGGAGGUAAAUAAUGUGACAAUUUGUGUGCUUAUGUUGAAUAUUUAUGCGGAUGCUGGUCGAUGGCAGGAUGCGACCAAAAUGAGGAGGUUGAUGAAGAAGAAAGAGUUAAAGAAGAUGCCAGGAUGUAGUGCUAUGGUGUUUGUGAAUAGCUCGCUGAUUUUCUUGUAUUCUACUUGUGGCUACAUUUUCGACAUGGAGUUGGUUUGUGGAGGUGUUGAAGUUAAGAAUGUGGUUGUUUGGACCGCGAUGGUUGCUGGGUACGUGCAGAAUUCUAUGUUUGAUAAGGGGUUGAACGUAUUUAGAUUAAUGAAUGCGGAGAAUGUGAGGCCCAAUGAGGUUACGACUGUUAGUGUUCUUCCUGCGUGUAAUGGAGAUAUAUGGUUGGACUCAGGGAGAUCAGUUCAUGGGUUUGCGAUUAAAGAAGGAUUUAAUUUGUAUACUACUGUUGUGAAUGCUUUGGUGGCGAUGUAUGGAAAGUGUGGGGAUUUGCAAGUCGCUCGUUACUUGUUUGAUGAAAUGAUUCACAGAACUUUGGUUUCAUGGAACACUAUGAUUGCGGUUUAUGAGCAAGGAAAUGAAGGAACAAAGGCGAUUGAGCUCUUUCGGAGUAUGAUCAAGAGUGUUAAAUUUAAUGCUGUGACAUUAGUAAGUGUGAUAUCGGCUUGUGCUACUUUGGGUGCUCAAGAUAUUGGAAAAUGGGUACAUGAUCUAGCUACAAGUCGAGGCUUAGAGACCGAUAUAAGAAUCACUAAUGCCCUCAUUGACAUGUACUCAAAAUGUGGAAACUUAGACUUAGCACAGAAAAUCUUCAACUCCAUUAAAUUAAAAGGGGUAGUAUCCUGGAGUGCAAUGAUAAAUGCAUACACAAUACAUGGACGUGCUAAUGAAGCACUUGAGCUAUUCAAUCGAAUGAAAGCUGAAGGAGUAAAACCAAAUAGUUUUACAUACACAUCGAUACUGUCCGCUUGUAGCCAUUCAGGGUUAGUAGAAGAAGGAAUGAACCAUUUCAAGAGCAUGAGAGAAGAGUACGGGAUAAAUCCAAAGGUAGAACAUUGUGCAUGUGUUGUAGAUCUAUUAGGGAGAGCAGGGAGGUUGAAGGAGGCUUAUGAUUUUGUGCGUGGGAUGGAAAUGAAGCCCGAUACAGCGGUUUGGGGAGCUUUGCUUGGUGCUUGUAGGAUCCAUGGAGAUGUUGAGAUGGCUGAGUUAGUUUUUGCAGAAGAGAUUGCUAAUGAGGAGGUAAAUAAUGUGACAAUUUGUGUGCUUAUGUUGAAUAUUUAUGCGGAUGCUGGUCGAUGGCAGGAUGCGACCAAAAUGAGGAGGUUGAUGAAGAAGAAAGAGUUAAAGAAGAUGCCAGGAUGUAGUGCUAUGUAAGCCAAGCGAAAUGUCGGAGCACAGUGGCAGCACGUGACAUCUUCUCAGAACCAAUUCUACAUGUGGAAUAGUCAGAAAACAUCUUAAAACCUGAGGGUUGAUUCCGUGAGAGCUAUUGGGCUAAACUGUCCUCACCUUUUUGUGCUUGGGCAUUAAGACACCUCACAAGUGGAGGUAGACCAAUUAAAAAGCUGUACAUUCAGGGCAAUAUUUUCAGUGACAAAGCAGUUACUGCAUUUGGAAGCCUCUGGAGAUUCCUUGACUGAACUCUCACUUAAAAAAGUUACCAAAGGUUGCAGAACAUAUACAUCUAUAGCAUUUCUCUCUGAUGUUACGAGAACUUGUAGAGCCGCCAUCUCCCCAGUUGUCAUGCUAUAACUGACCCAGCACUGGGCCUGAUCGUUGACAGUUGCUCAAAAUUUGACUGGAAGUUUUAUUGUUUGAACAGGUAUUUUCACCAAAUUUAAGAGCCAUUAUCAUAGUUGGUUGCCAGAUAAAAUUAUGUUCAUAUAUGGAAAACUUCUCCUGCGGGAUUUCAGAAUUAUAGUUUUCCGUAAUCAAUUCGAGUUCCAAAUUGCAGUAAACCAUACUGAACUUGGAAACAAUACGACUAAAUUGGUUAUUUUAUGUAAGGAAAAUAGUUUUAAAGAAUCAAUAUAUUAUAUUAGUUUCUGAUUUUUGUAAAUGUUCGCCAAAGGUUCAUUGUAGUUGGCUAAGUAAUAAUUCCAAUAUAUGAACUUCUUCUAGAAUAUUGCCUAUAAGAAUGUGUUUUUGCAAGUCAUAGAUCUUGAACAUAGGACAUGUCUUCCGUUGGCCUUCCUGAAUGUUAUCCGUGGAGACUAGAGUGAAUACAAAUCUCGAUUGAUGUUCUAUACAUUUCAUCUCUAAUCUCUUUCUUAGUCUAUAAGAAGUUUGUAGCUGAAAUUUCAUAACUAAUAAAAGUAGGGUUGCCUUUCCUCAUACUGCCAUCUAGGACUUGAGCGCGCAAUACUCUCUCUUGUCGAUGGUCUUAUGGGGGGGAUUUUCUAACCAGCUUAGAGAUACAAAUUAUUGAUGUUUGGUGCUAGAUAGUUCAUGACAUUAUUUUAUAGGGCAUUCUAGUCUAGUCUUAUUUCAUCGUCACACAUGAGGGAUUUUACUAGAAUACUUGCAACUUUAAAACUUGGAAGUUUUGACUGGCAGAGAUUGCAGAGUGACUCUGGAAUUUAUGAAUAUGAGGUAUAGGAUCUCAUAAUACAAUUAAGUGCACAUAGGUAACAAGUAAUGACAAGGUAAACAUCAUAAUACAACUUGUAUAACUUCUGCUUAGCAGCAGUUUAUACAAGUUAUGUUAAAAGUCUUUAGUGACGUUUGCAACUCCUGUAUGAAGAUUUUUUCUUUUUCAGUCUGAUUGCUUUUUACUCUUUUUUGGUUCUCUUUACAACUUAGCCAGAUGAAUAGAACUAUGAUGGCUUGCUCUUCACGGAUCGCAGUUCAUAUCCUGGAUGGCCAUUCAAAUUCCCAUGUUAGAAUAACUGGUUCGCGGGGAGUAACACUAGAUGAAUUCAGGCCACCAAAAGUUCACGUAGAUAGUGUAAUUAUCAUUCAUAAUCUGUAAAUUCUUUUCAUGGUGAUGUACAGUUGCUCGUCACUUGUUCGAUGCAAGUGAUGAAAAUGACAGAUGAAACUUUGGUCUCGUGGAACACUAUGAUUGCAGUGUAUGAACAAGGCGAUGAAGGAGCAAAAGCCAUUGAGCUCCUAGAAAAAUGGAGUAGAUUGUCAACUUCAAUGCAAUGACAUUAGUAAGCGUGAGAUCCGCUUGUGCUUGUUUAGGUGCUGAAGAUAUUGGCGAAUGGCUACACGAACUUAGCUCAAAAUGUCUUUGACGAGAUUGAAUUAAUAGGGGCAGUCUCUUGGCGUGCAAUGAUCAACGGAUACACAAUCCAUGAGCAUGCUAAUGAAGCUUUCGUUCUAUCCAAUCGAAUGAAAACAUGAGUAAAACCAAAUAGAUUCACAUAUGCAUCGAUAUUAUCCGCUUGUAGUCGUUCAGGCGUAGUAGAAUUUGGAAUGGAGCAUUUCAAGAGCAUGAGGGAAGAGUAUGGCAUAAAUCCAAAGAUGGAGCAUUGUGCAUGUCUUCUUGAUCUUUUAGGGAAAGCAGGGAAGAAGGCUUAUGAGUUCGCAAAGGGGAAGCCCGAUAUACAGGUUUGGGGAGCUUUGCUUGGUGCUUGUAGGAUUCAUGGAGAUAUUGUGAUGGCUGAGUUAGUUUUUGCAGAGGUGAUUUUGAAGGUGGAAAUGCAUAAUGUGACGAUUUGUGUGCUAAUGGCGAAUAUUUAUGUAUUUGUUGGUCGAUGGGAAGGGAUGCAGGCAUGUAGUGUUAUGUAAGGCCGUAUACGUUCUGCAAAUGUUUUGUUAAUAUUUUCAAUGUGAAAGCAAAGAAUUUUUCCCCCCUUCCCUGAGAA